UUCCAUCACUCUUUCACUGAAACUAGGGUUUCUCUUCCGCAGCUCCUUUAGCCUCGCCUCAUCAUCCCCUUCCCCCAAACCCCCAAAGCAGUUCUAAUCUCUUCUUCCCAACAUGGCCGUCGGCAAAAACAAGAGGAUUUCCAAGGGAAAGAAGGGAGGAAAGAAGAAGGCGGCGGAUCCCUACGCAAAGAAGGACUGGUACGACAUCAAGGCACCAUCUGUUUUUGAAAUCAAAAACGUCGGCAAAACCCUUGUUACCAGGACUCAGGGUACCAAGAUUGCUUCAGAGGGCCUAAAACAUAGAGUAUUUGAAGUUAGCCUGGCUGAUCUUCAGAAGGAUGAGGAUCAGGCUUUCAGGAAAAUCCGUUUGAGAGCAGAAGAUGUGCAAGGGAGGAAUGUCCUCACUAACUUCCAUGGAAUGGAUUUCACAACAGACAAGUUGAGAUCUCUGGUCCGCAAAUGGCAGACUUUGAUUGAGGCCCAUGUGGAUGUCAAGACUACAGACAGCUAUACUCUUAGGAUGUUCUGCAUUGCUUUUACAAAGAAGCGUCCAAACCAGCAGAAGCGUACCUGUUAUGCCCAGAGCAGCCAGAUCCGUCAGAUCCGCAGGAAGAUGGUUGAGAUCAUGAGAAACCAAGCAAGUUCCUGUGACUUGAAGGAGUUGGUUGCCAAAUUCAUCCCUGAAUCAAUUGGCAGGGAGAUUGAGAAAGCAACUUCCAGCAUCUUCCCCCUACAAAAUGUUUAUAUUCGAAAGGUCAAGAUCCUCAAGGCCCCUAAAUUUGAUCUUGGCAAGCUGAUGGAGGUUCAUGGUGACUAUUCAGAAGAUGUUGGUGUGAAGUUGGAUCGGCCAGCUGAUGAGACAGUAGCAGAGGCAGAGGCCGAGGUUCCUGGAGCUUAGACUUGUUUCACCCAUCUAAGUUAUGUGAUCGAAUAUGGUCGUAGUCUUUAGAGCAUCACAUUGUUUAAGUUGAGUUUUGUUGUGACAUCUAAAAUUUUUGCAUCUGGUUCUUUGCCUGUGUUCAAUUCAUACAUUAUCAUAGACCAAGAUAUGGAUUUUCCAACUGUUUUUCCCCUUUGUUGAAUUAUAUCACUGUGAAGCUUGGUAAUUCGUGCUACAUUUGAGAUGAGAUAAUUUUUAUCAAGUUGACCAUUUUCUUGACUA